UUACGGCCAAAGUGUAUUUUGUAAACAUUAUACUUUAUGUUCUUAUUUAUAAAAAUAUUUAAUUCAAUUAGAUGUUAAUGAAUAUUGGAAUAUAAUUAAUACUCAUGACGCAUAAAAAUGUUUAUCAAAAAUUGGGAUAUCGUGUAUCAGAAGAAGUUCAACUUUUAGCCGAAGAGAAAUGGAUAGUUGAUGCUUUAACGAAGAUUAAAAAUCAGCGUAAUUGUUUACAGAUAGAGAGGCUGCACCUCGAAAGUUUAAAAGCAAAACUAAAAGGCAAUACAAAAAAAGAUGUUCCGGGAACAAUCGUAAAAGACAAUGAAGAUAGUAUAGCCACAACUUCAGCAGUAUAUAUGAUGCAGCAUGUGAAUACAGGGAAAAGUGAUGUGGAAACAGAACAAAAGGUUUUCUCAGUUAACGAAACUUUCUGCAAUGAUGAAGAACUUGAUUUGAUGGUCACCGAACCAUCAUUGAUGCCAAAUCCCAACUCAACAGACUUUAAUAUGGAGGAAGACGAAGAUGAAAGUGAUGAUGACAUGUUUAUUGAUAUGAACAUGUUGAUGAAUGGGCAGACUCAGUCUCGCAAAAAUAAAUAA